AUGCAAAAUUGUAAAGCAGUCUCAACACCACUUGAAUUUGGAAAGAAAUAUGAAGUGUUAAGGGAAGGGGAGAAUCCAGUUGAUGUGAAGCAAUAUCAAAUGGCAAUUGGAUGCUUAAACUAUGCUACAUUGAUAAGUCGACCCGAUUUGGCUGUUGCAUUUGGAACUUUAUCAAAGUUUAUGGCAAAACCAAGACUAGAGCAUUGGAGAGGAGUUAAAAGGAUCCUACGUUACAUUCAAGGUACAUUGGAUUAUGGUCUACACUUUACCACAGAUGGCAAUGAUCCAAUAUUGUCAGGAUAUACAGAUGCAGAUUGGGGUGGAGAUAUAGUGACACGUCGAUCUACCACUGGGUACAUAUAUCAAAUUAAUGGAAAUACCAUGAGUUGGUGCAGCAAAAGACAGGGAUGUGUUGCAAGAUCAACAACAAAAGCCGAGUAUGAAUCUUUAAGUACAGCAUGCCAAGAAGGAGUCUGGUUGAGAAAACUUCUGGAUAGUAUCUCAAUAACACAACAAGAGCCUACUAUCAUCUAUGAAGACAACCAAGGAGCUAUUGAGCUAUCAAGAAAUCCGAAAUUCCACUCUCGGACAAAACAUAUAGAUGUGGCAUACCACUAUGUGAGACAGAAAGUUCACGAGAAUAUCAUUUCUGUUAAAUAUUGUUCCAGUGAGAAUAUGCUAGCGGAUAUAUUUACAAAAGGAUUUAGUAAAGAUACUUUUCAGAAAUUCAGGAACAUGUUAGGCGCUAUCAAGAUUAAAGAACAAUGA